AUGUCUUCUACACUUACGGCUGAAAAGGUAGCCCAUUAUUUACCUUUGUCUGGACAACAUCCCGAUAUUCAAGGACGCAUCAUCAAUGUCACCCAUCAAAUCCCUUACAACAUUUUGCGCUCACCAGUAAGACCACCUUCUCCUCCAAAAUCACCCAAAUCGAGUGUCCACGAAGAAGCAGUGGAUCCUGUUGAGGCGGCACCUAUCUCCAAACUAGCUCGCCAUCAUAAGCGAGGUGUUACAUUGCGUAUGAAGUUUCAUGCGGCUGAUUGGACUGUGGUCGAGAGAAGAGGUCAUCAAGCGCUGUAUGCUGGUCUUCAAAGCCUUCGUAAAGAUCACUCAACAUUGCAUAUUGGUUGGACAGGGCCUAUGCGUGAACAAGGCACACGUAACAAGAUUGUACCCGAUGCACAAGAUAAGAUCAAGUUAAAGUCCCUUUUAUGGGAGACUGGACACAUUGUUCCCGUGUUUCUGGAAAAAGAGUCGCAAGGCCAUUAUGAGGGAUAUUGCAAAGAAGUGCUUUGGCCAGUGUUUCAUUAUCUUGUACAGACAUCUUCUACCAGGGAUAGUCGCGCAGAAAAACGGUAUUGGGAUGAUUAUGUGGCAGUCAACCGAAGAUUUGCAGAUACAGUGAUUGAUCAUUAUCAACCCAACGAUAUCAUUUUUAUCAAUGAUUAUCAUUUGUUAUUGGUACCUCAAAUGAUCCGAGAAGAACUUCCUGAUGCUGCUAUUGGAAUCUUUAUUCAUGCUACUUUCCCUAGUUCCGAGAUAUUUCGUUGUUUGCAAACUCGAAAUGAAGUCUUGCAGGGCAUGCUUGGUGCCAAUCUCAUUGGAUUUCAGACCUAUUCUUAUGCAAGACAUUUUAUUUCUUCAUGUACUCGCGUCCUUGGUUGUGAAACCACACAAGUAGGAGUAAAUCAUAAUGGCACGUUAGUUUCUGUGGGUGCAUUUCCUAUCGGUAUUGAUUGCCAGCGUGUCAAUCAAUUCGCACGUCAACCAGGCGUUGAACUUAAGAUGAAUGCCAUCCGUGACAUGUACGCGGGUAAAAAAAUCAUUGUAGGUCGCGAUAAACUCGACAGUACUAAGGGAAUCUUGCAAAAGCUCUAUGCCUUUGAAGCCUUCUUAAAGUCCUAUCCUGAAUGGCGAAACAAAAUCGUUUUAAUCCAAGUAGCCACACCUACUUUUGGUGAUCAUUCAAAACUAGAAGCCAAGAUUUCUGAAGUCGUGAGCCAUAUCAACAGUCAGUUUGGUUCGAUUGAGUUCUUUCCGGUGCAUUAUUAUCAUCAAGAUAUUGACCGUGAUGAAUAUUAUGCCUUGUUGUCUGUCGCUGAUCUGGCUUUGAUCACCUGUAGUCGUGAUGGCAUGAACACCACUUCUUAUGAAUAUAUUUUGUGUCAGCAUGCAAAAGCAGAACCAGGUCAGUUGAUCUUGUCUGAAUUUGCAGGCACAGCAGGUUCGUUGGGUGCUGCCAUGUUGGUCAAUCCGUAUGACUAUGCAGGUGUUUCCAGGUCUAUUCAAGAAGCUUUAACUAUGUCUAUGGAAGAAAAAUCAACACGCCAUGAAAAAUUAUACCACCAUGUCACGAAUCAUACGGCUGACUUUUGGGCACAUUCUUUUAUCAAGCAACUUGUAAGUGUGAGUCAACAGCAAGACUUUCAGUCGCAUUCUACACCCAACUUGGAUAUUCAAAGACUUGUUCGGGACUACACUUCUGCAAACAAACGUAUCAUGUUCUUUGACUAUGAUGGAACAUUGACUCCUAUUGUGUCUGUACCUUCUGAUGCUAGACCUUCGCCUGAUAUGUUGAAAGCUUUACAGACAUUAUGUGAUGAUCCCAAGAAUAGUGUAUGGGUUGUGUCUGGUAGAGAUCAAGUUGUGCUGGAUGAAUGGUUAGGUGGUGUCAAGAACAUUGGUUUUAGUGCUGAACAUGGUUGCUUUGUCAAGAAUAUUGGUUCAGAUGAAUGGACAAGUGUUGUGGAGGGUAUUGAUAUGAGCUGGAAAGCAGAUGUAUUAGAGAUAUUUGAUUAUUAUACCGAAAGAACACAAGGAAGUUUUGUAGAACAAAAGAAAUCCUCUAUUACUUGGCAUUACAGAUUAGCAGAUGUAGAAUAUGGUGCUUUCCAAGCAAAAGAGUGUCAAAACCAUUUAGAGCAUGCCAUCGUAUCCAAAUUUCCUGUAGAAAUCCUUGUGGGCAAAAAGAACUUGGAAAUUAGGCCUAUGUCAGUCAAUAAAGGAGAGAUUGUGAAGCGUAUCUUGGCCAAGAAUUCAGACACUAAUCUAGUGAUCUGUGCUGGUGAUGACAAGACAGACGAAGAUAUGUUCCGUGCUCUUAGUGCUGCUCAUUAUCAACAAAAGCAAUUGGUUCAAGCAGAUGAUAUUGCCACUACACUUUAUCCUUACAUCUAUACUAAUCUUAACAACUGGCCAUGUGUACGCCUAUUAAACGCGUCAGGCACAAUUGGAUGUCAAGCACUCCAUAAAAAGAGCGGCAUCUUGUUUGAAACAACCACGCAACAAGCCAUAGACGAUUUCGUGAAUCAAGCACCCUCAGGCGAUGAUUAUGCUAUUGUGAUACCGUAUCCAUUGCUUUCAAAAGUCAAUAUUGAGUCACUAUCUUCAACUGCUCAAGUCUCUGGUCUUAUUGCCUUGUUACUGCCCAAUCAAACGUCUUUUUCGCCUGACUCAACCUGUCCUCAAUGUUCAUCUGGGUCCUAUCAAUGGAAUCCUGAAGCACAGGAUUUGAUAGAUCAGACAUUUGAUUUCCCUAUUUUUGCUAUUCGGCCUGAAGAUGAUAUCUCUCAACAAGCGUAUGAACAUAUUGAGAAUAGCUUAGCUUAUAAUAGAGAAAGACAGUUUAUACAUUAUCCCUUAAAGGCCAUGGAUUUUGAUUUGUUAAUGUGGGCUGCAGUCAAUUCAGAGACAUGCUUAAGAAGAGAUAUCAAGGCAGACGAUAAUAAGCCUAUUAUUGUUGUCUCUGCUAAUCUAGAUAGUCGGUCUUUGUUUCAUGAUCUAACUGUGGGUGCAUCAGAACAUGUAUCUGGUCUAGUCACAGUAUUAGCAAUUGCAGAAGCACUCAGCAGAGCACCCGUAGCAUUGGACACAUUACCUAAGCAUAUCCUUUUCACUUUAUUUGCAGCAGAGCCAUGGGGAUUCGCAGGUUCACAACGAUUUGUGAAUGAUAUUUCUUCCCCUUUUGUAUGCACCAACGCCACUCGAGCCUAUACCUGUCCUUAUUCAAACACACCAUGUACUUUUCCUUGUGUACGUAACUUACACUUUACGAAUAUCAAUAUCAAUCAAAUUCAAUCCAUAUUUGAAUUCCAAUCAGUUUCUGGUAUCAAUUCAAACUAUACAGGUGGCUACUAUGUCCAUGCCAAUAGUGAUCAGAGUUCAUCUUUGGUGGAAGCAUUGGAUGCCUAUGACAAUAUUAAACCAGCUUCAUCUGAUGGCAUAAAGCGUCCAUUGCCUCCUAGUAGUGCCAUGAGUUUUUUGCAGAAAAGAAGCGAUAUUCAGGCUGCUGUGAUUACAGACUAUCAAAGUCAGCUUGGAAGGUAA